AUGAUCAGUUGUCAAAGACUGGAAGAUCUCGAGGCCGCGCUCAAGCAGCAAUUGGCAGAUCCGGCCAUUGACCGCGAGCACACUACGCUGGAGUUUGACUUUCCGGUCACUGCUGCAUUCAUGGUAGCUGCGAGGGAGGCCACCAACAAAGGAGAUCUGAACGAUAAGAAGACGCCAUACAUCUACAGUCCUUUCAACAAGACCGCAAUAACUGUCGUUGAUGCUCUGCACACGAUCAAAGAUCCUAAGGAACGUGCAAUCAUGCAGAAAGGGAUCAGCAAGACCCUCGUUGAAGCAUGUCAAAACGUAGAUGGAUAUCGUUACAGCUUCCACAAUCAUUGGAUCAGUCGAGAGGAUCAAGCGAGCAGGUUUUCAUACUACUGCAACGACUCGGUGCUCAACAAAGGUCGCGCUGCUAAUGAAGGCGUCUCCAAGAUGAAGGCCGGUGUCAAGGUUCGCAAACCGGUGUACGACUGUCAUGGCUUGAUCUCUGUCAAAUUCUCCGUAACAAAGGACAGUCUGGAACUUCAUUACAAGCACAUUCCCCUCCACAAGACCUUCGAAGAACGAGCCCCAAAUCCGCGGAAUGGAUCGAAACGCAAACGUCUCCUGGAAAUAUUUCAUCCUGAAAAGCUCGUGAGACCCAAAAGGAGAAAGUCAAGUGCACCUAAACCGCCGAUACCCAAGAAACCUGCUGCCGAGCCGGUCGCGCAUGUGGACGAAGAGUCGACUACGCUACCCCGGGAGAACAGUCUGGCACCCUUGUUUGAUUUCCUUGGCAGGGUUGAUGAAGAUAGAGCUGAGCCAGAUAGCUCAGAAGCACCGACCGUCAAAGUCGACUCCGCCAAUACUCCAACCUCCGGUGACGGAAGUAACCGCAAGAAGAAAGUGAUCCCCGGUACAUUUACUUGGACCCUUGUGGACUCACAGAAAGGAAAGCGACGCUCCAGAAAGAAGGCCCCAGUUGCGAGCGAGGCUCCUGUAGCGCCAGCACCCCUUGCCGCUGCGGCAGCUUCGCCACCUGCGAUGCCACCUGCGAUGCCACAGAGCAGCGGCCAAACAGUGACGCCAGUAUCUUCGACCGAAUUAGAGCUACGCGCUAGACUAGAGCAAGCUGAACAAAAAAUUCGCGAUCUCGAACAACGCCAGGAAAGAGGGCUGGCAGAGCCGGGUCAACUGACUCCUCUACAAUAUCAAGGACAACAGGGGCCUCUGCCUCCCGCUCCAGCCACACUUUAUCCUCCUCGACCACCACCUCCUCCUCCACCGCCUCCGCCUCACGCAUACUUCCCUCCCCCGCAGUUCCAACACCCUUCCCACUCUGUGCAGUGGAACUACGGUCCUCCUCCAUACCCUUAUCCUUAUCCUCCACCCGGUCAACCCGGUCUCUCGUACCCUAACCAUGCCCCAGGAAGCGCUCCGGCUGCAACGCACCCUCAUGCAUACCACUAUCCACCGCCGCAAUCUCUGCCUCCACCUUCACAGCAACGGCCUCGAUCAAACCCACCUCCGGCGUACGGCUUCGUUCCCAAUCCUUUAGACCCGCUGGACUCUCUUACUACGAGGAUAAGGUCACACCUUGGUCCUCCUCAGUCUCCCGCAACACCUGGUUCAAGCUCUGGAUCCCGCGUCGAACCCCGCGUUGGGACGCAAUCCGCGCCUCAAACUCCUCUUUCUUCAGUAGCGGAACGCCAGUCUGGUACGAGUUCUCGCGAAGCCCCUGCGACAGCGCCGGGACUUUCAGGUGAAACCGCUGCGGAGCCAACCCAUCCGACGUCUGAAGGACCAACAACGAAGGAGCCAAACUCGACCUCAACAACCACGGCGGAGCAGCGAGCCGCGGAGCCAGAUUCGGGUCCCACUGAAGCCCCGGAUAAGAAUUAA